AUGUCGAACCCGUCCACAGUAUUCGACUUGCUGGGCCAAGUCGACAACCUUGGCGAGCCGGUCCCAGCAUUGAACCAGCGGCCGGUUGUCUUUGGAUUGCUGAUAUCAUUUCUUAACUCGUAUGUUAUGCAUGCAUGCUACCCGACGGCGACAGCGCUCAUCAAGCUCGCCAUCCUAUUCCAAUACCUCCGGCUAUUCGACGAGACCAAGGCCAUCCUGAGACAGACAACGCUCAUCAUGAUCGGAGUUGUGUCGCUUUGGGGGCUCGCCUUCUCCUUCAUCGCGUGGUUCCCCGCGUUCCCGAUCUCAGCGCAGUGGGACUUCAACGACAAGUCGUCCGGCAUCAGGUACGGGCUCGGGAGCCUGGAUCCCAGCAGCAUCGUGGCCGCCUCCCUCGCGCAGACGUCAACGAAUAUGAUCCUCGACUUGAUUGUGUUGGCUAUCCCCGUCUCGUACUAUCUACAGCCAAAACUCGACUGGAAGUCUCAAGCUAGCCUGAUGGGGUUAUUUGGUCUUGGUUCAGUUGUCAACGUGCUCUCUAUUUUCCGACUCAUCAGCAUUGUCGAUACGAAAGCAGGCACGUACCCGACAUACGACCCGAGCUGGUACGUCUGCGCCUCUCUGCCGGUCUUCUGGCCCGUCAUGAAAUUCAACUGGGGCACAAUAUUCGUUACAUACGAAGUGUCGGUAACGCGCGAGGAGAAUUACGUCGAGCUCGAAGAGGCCCGGGCAGCACGGGAUAGGAUCGACCCGUGGAAUGCGCACCUGAAGGGGCCAUAUGUUCAUGAUAUUGAGCUGGGAGAUGUUGGACAGCGGAAAGAUACCGAUUUGAGUGAAGGGUCCUCAGUAGCGGGAUCAGGUCUGUCGAAGGCGAAAUCGUGA